AAAUGACAAAAUUGAUAUAUGUAUUUAUAAAUCGUAAAAGCUAUUCUGAUGAUUUUAUAUUCAUGUAAAUAAAUAUUAUUGUUUAUAAAAUUAGUCCUAGAAUGGGUAAGUAUUCAAGUGACUCAGAAAAUGAAAAACGUACAAGUAAGAGCUCAAGCAAAACUAAAAGCAGACGUAGGUAAGAAAGAAAAAGUGCUUGUUGAGAAGCUAACAUUAGCCUUAAAUUCAAAAUGCAGAGUUACUACUGUUCGUAGAUCCUUAUCUUCAGAUUCGAGCAGUACUAAAAGUAGAAGAAAACGAAACGAUAAAAAAUCUAGCCGCAGAUCGAGAAGUCGAAGCCGAGAUAGAUCAAGGGAUAGGUAUUCAAGGUCUAGACGUUCUAGAAGCAGCAGUAGUUCUAUUUAUAAAUCCUCCAAAUCGAGAUCAUAUCGAUCUAGCUCGAGGGAUAGGCACAGUGAGCGAUAUCGUAGAUCUAGAACUAGAUCCAGAGAUAGAUACAGAUCAAGAAGAUCAAGAUCUAAAUCUUAUAUAAGAGAAUAUGUGAAUAAACCCAGAAGGAGAUCUACUUCGAGUUCCAGUUCUAGCAGUGGUGAUAUUAUUAAAAGAGAAUCUUCCAAACAGGUACCGAGAAAGAAAAAAGAAGAAAACUCAUCAAAAGACAGUGUAGUUAAAGGUACUAAAAGUGAAAAAGCAAAUUCACCGGAUUGUGUUGUCAUAGACAGUGAAGUUUUAGAGGAAAUUAAUGAAAACAGUUUCACCCCUAAACAGUUUACUUCGAACAAAUCCAAGAAAGUUCCUGAAAAUAUUGUUAUUGACUUGAAGAAAAAUACCAUCAAGGUACCUGAAGUUGAACAAUUGGAACCCGACAGCAUAUUCCAUCACAAUUUAUUUUUAAGUGAAGAGGCUCGAAUGGAAAAGUGGGUUAGGGAAUUGUAUUCGUUUCGACAGAAAGCGCUACAGCAAGGAAUGAAAAAUGACCGUUAAAAAGAAAAUGGCGAAAUCCUAUUACAUAUUUUUCCUAUUUCUACCUAUCAUCCUGAGUGUAAUAUUUUUAGCGAUUAAACAAAAAACAGUGUUAGAAUUAUGUGAGAUAAACAAGUGUCCGUUUUGUUAUGGGAAAACUAUGUGUAGGGAAAUAACGAAAAAUAAAAUUAGUUUGCAGUAUAAUCGCGUUUCGGAUUUCAUUUAUAACAUAUUCAGCGUUAAGAACGUUUAUUUCGCCAAAUAUAAAAAUAAACCGGUCGUUUUGAAAAAGUUGGCCCACAACAACGAACUUAACAAAUUCGAUAAGGAUAUCAAAGAUAAAAUUAUCAAUUACAAAGCGUUGAGAGACAAUUUGAAAUUUAAAUUAACGGGUACGGACGAAAAAUUGACUUUUCCUCCUUUUCAUAUAUGCGACAAUGAAACUUUCGAUUUAUUUUUCGAUAAAUUAAACAACACGAAUAUUAGAACUGUUUAUACUAUUUUGAGCAUAAACGCAGAACCGAUUCUACUGCAAAUGUUUGAUAAAAACAAACAUUUUCCAGUACCGAAAUUUUACGGCUCCUGCGGGAGACUUAUAGUACAAGAAAAUUUCGGAAAAUCCAUAAAUAACAUAGAAAAAUAUUCCUGGUAUAAACGAGCUUUAGUAGCUUAUAGAAUCCUACGAGGCGUACAAAAUUUCACGGAAAAUCACAACGAAUUUCUACUUUAUUUAACCGAUAUUUCUCCUGAUAACGUCGUAAUCGAUGAAAAUCUCGACGUCAGUAUUAUCGAUAUGGAAAACGCCAUUUUGAAGAGAAAAACCGGAAAAACCGAAAUCGUACAUCAUACCAAUCACGAUAUUGACGAAUACGCUUUCGAUCCUAAGGCAAUUUGCCAAUCUGACAUCAGCGAUCACAACAUUUACGCAGUUUGUAGAGUAAGUAUCAAACAAUAAAAAAUUUCUACGGAAAUUUAUAAUACGAAGCUUGGCAACGGUGUAACUUUAACCGGAAAUAAAUAUGAGCUGUCAACUAAAUACCACGUUGCCAAGCGUAACUCUACUUUUAUCUCAAUAUUUUCUAGUUGUUGUUAUCGAAGAACGCGAUGUUUCCGAUGAUGGAAGGAGGACUAUUACAUAAUCCACCUAAAGAAAUUAUGAACAGAUAUUGGAGACUCUUCGAAUCGAUAGAAUUAUGCGUACGUUCUACUACUGACGAUUUAAAUAGAUUCGAUUUGAGUACGAAAAUAUUGAACAAACUUCACGGCAUUUUGAGAUACGCCAAAGCCAAACAAUUAAUUUAACAACGCCGAAAUUUUUGUUUAAUAUUCAAUAUUAAUGUCCCGAGUGCAUGUCAAAUUGUCGAUAAUUUAAUUUUAUCGAGUGCGCGAAUGCGCACGAGAGGAAAUUAUGAGACAAUUUGACAUGCACGAGAGGGCAUUUUGGCAGACUAUUUCCUGAGAAAAAUUUAAUUUAAAAUAAACUUAAUUCUGUGUUUAAAAUUUGUUAUUCUUUAAAUUAUAAAAAGAAUAAAAGUGACAAAUCACUCGAACCGUGCUGUGGCAGUUACUCAGCUUGCCAAGGUUGGGGUUUCAGAAAAUCAAAUUAUGAAGGUUACCGGACACUCAAAUCUGGCCUCGAUAAAGAGUUACUUUCAAGUAAAUAGUGAACACCACGAGGAAAUUGUACAAAAAAUGCGAAUUGACAGUAGCGAAGUAACAAUAAGAAGUGGUGGAAGCAGCAUAGAAACACCAUCGUCGGCCUCCAGUAAAGUGUAUAUUCUAAUUUGCACUAGUGCAGUAUUAUCGCUGAAAUUUGAUCGUUGCUAGGUAAACAUAAAAUAUUACAGCUUUUUGGUUGGCUUAAAUUUUUCGAAGGAAAUAGUCACAAAAACCUUGUAUAGUCAUUAUUUACAUCAAUCAUUUUGAUUUUGCUUGUAUAAUAUUCAAUUCAAAUCCUUUUCGAAUAUGGAAAAAUAAUGUUUUAGUAACAUUUUGUGCUGAAUAAAUUUUUAUUAUGAA